AUCACACCAGAGACAGUGCUCUAGAUGGAGCUGUGGGCUGCAGUUCCCAUGUAUGCCUUUUCUCUCAGUCAUGCCGAGUUGUUGGUCUUCAGUUCCUUUCCUUGCUGAAGACGGCAGGGAAACAUCAGGAGCAGUGCCCGGGUUGGGAAGAUAAUGGGGAAGAGUUGCAAAGUGGUAGUAUGUGGGCAAGCAUCAGUUGGGAAGACUUCGAUCCUGGAACAGCUUCUGUAUGGGAAUCAUAUUGUUGGUUCAGAAAUGAUUGAAACCCAGGAAGACAUUUAUGUGGGUUCCAUUGAAACAGACCGGAAUAUGCGUGAACAAGUGCGUUUCUAUGAUACCCGAGGCUUGAGGGAUGGAGCUUCCCCGUGCUUGGAGUUGCCCAAGCAUUGCUUCUCUUGCACGGAUGGAUUUGUACUGGUUUACAGUAUUGACAGCAAGGAGUCUUUCAAGAGAGUGGAGAUUCUCAAGAAGGAAAUAGAUAAAAACAAGGAUAAGAAGGAGGUGACUAUUGUGGUUUUAGGCAACAAAUGCGAUUUGCAGGAACAACGCCGUGUGGACCAUGAUAUAGCCCAACACUGGGCAAAGGCAGAGAAAGUAAAAUUGUGGGAAACCUCAGUUGCUGACCGUCGGAGUCUCAUUGACCCCUUUGUCUACUUAGCCAGCAAAAUGACGCAGCCACAGAGCAAGUCCACCUUCCCACUCAGCCGCAAGAACAAAAGCAGUGGUUCUGUGGAUGGAUGAAACCCACAGGUGUUGGACCACUAUUGCUGGUAAAAAUGUAUGCAUGUAGGGCAGGGCUGGCCUUGCCAGAGAGCAGAAACUAGUAGCAGAUACCAUAUAAGGCACUUCUUUUGUUCCUAUCUCUGUAUCAUUUGUUUUUGUUUUGGUAGAAAAAACUUUCCAAAUCCAAAACAGGAGUGUAGAAUUUUUUCUUCAUUUUUCACUUAAAAUAUAUAUAUUUUAAAUCAAGCAGAUAGUACCUGCAUAUGCCCAGUGCCUAGUGUAUUAAAUAGUCAAUACACCACAUUAAAGGUUUGAUUUUUAACAAUCUUUUAAUCAGUCUCAUUUUUUUUUUACUGUUUAAAGAACCCACAUUUUAAAUCUGAAAAUAGCUGUUAAGGGUACUAAGUUUUAUUCUUGAUUUGUACCCUGAAGGGAUACCAUGGUAGAAAUAUCCAGGGUUCCCAGAAAUAUUUCUUAAGUUGUGGAAAAGGGAGGGGUGAGCCAUGGAUAUAGCAACACGAGGAAGAAUAAUAAAGGAAUAUUCUUUCAGUCAGUAUUGAAGCCCUCCUGGCCAAAUUAAUCCACUAUCUUCCAUGUUCCUGAAUUAGCAGAUUCUAGAAUGUUUUUUUAGAAGCUAACGGUAUUUUUAUAAGGAGACCAACUUGUGGAGAAGAGGAAACAUACAAAUAGAGACUUGUGGGAAAGCACAUUAUCCACCAACAAAUUAAGUUUGGGGAUAAUAGUUUUAGUGAUCUUUUAUAUAUCAUUAAUUUCCUCGAUCUGGAUUUGAUUUUUAUUAUUUUGUGAAUGUCUCUUCCAAACACUGUGACUUUGUGUUCCUGAUUUGGAUAAUGGAUGUAAUAAUUCAUAUAACUGAUAUCAUGAUCAAAUGGAUUCAACUCAGAGUAAGGCUGUUAUCCCAUAAUGCAUUGAAACAUGAUUCCUAUGUUAGUUGCUUAUGAACUCUUGAAAUGCAGAUUAAAAACAGAUUCUACACUGCUCUGAAUUGUUUGUGUAAUAUUAACUUUUAUUGAAUACAAUACAGAACACAGUGUCCCAGUCAGAAUAGAUGACACCAAUAAAUUAAAAAAUGUAUUUUAGCUUUCCAACAUCAAUGUAAAUAUAAUUAUUUUUCCAGUUUUUCCAGUUUUUCCAAUGUAGAUUAGGGAGAGAGGAUUGGGAAGAUAAUUUAAACAGAAAGAUUUAAAUUGGACAAAAAUGGCAUUGUAAUUAUUUUAAUAAAGUUAUGGUUAUAGACAAAAUA